AUGCAGGGCGCAGCCGGGGCAGGCAGGGAGAUCUUGGGCGCGGAGAGGGAGCGGGGAGAGGGGGAGGGCGGGCGGGAGGGGGGACCGCGGAGCGGCGGGCAGCGCAGAGGUGAGGAGAAGCUAGCGCCCCGGCCCCCUCACACCUUGAGCCCCUCCCGGCCGGCGCCGGGCUCCAGCCGCCCGCGGGGCGCUCCUGCACCCCCAGCCGGGGUCAGCGCAAGGGGCCGGAACGAAGGGGUGAGUGGACGCCGCGGUACACACAGCACCCGGCGCAGCGACGGGCCGGCACUCGAGUGCACGUCCCCCAGAGAAGACGGACGGCUGCCCCAGGCCCGGGGCAGGGGCUCGGAGUCCCUGGUCGCUGCAGAAGCGCGGACGAGAGCCGCGGUGAGGCGCGUCUUGUGGCCACCGGGACGGCCCUGGAGCCACCAAAGCCCCGCGGCGGACACCAGCAGUGUCGGCGAGGACAGGAAGGGGCCGGAAGCCCGCCCGGGGCCGGGGACGGCGGGGACAGGUGCAGGCGCACACGCAGGCGGCUCUGGCGACGGCUCUGGCGGCCCCUCGGCGGGUCGCGCUCGUUACACCCAGCGAGUCCCCUCCUGCGUGUGUGCCCAAAACUCGGAAUCCGGACUCAGUCCCUCAUGCACCGGCGUGAGGCGGAGACGGCCCCGAGGUGCGUCCCCCGAUGACCGGACAGGCCAGCACGGGGGAGCGGAGCCCCGGCGUGGGGAGGGGGCGCUGGGCAGGUGAGCAGGCGGGACGCAGGGACAGAGACCGAGCGUGGUGGCCGGGCCGGGGGAGGGGAUGCAGAGGGAGGAUGUUACACGGAUUCCACUUCAAUUAAAGAAAAAAUCCCUGGCUGGUGCCGCUCGGUGGAUUGAGGACCAGCCUGCGAACCACAGGGUCGCCGGUUCGAUUCCCAGUCAGGGCACGUGCCUGGGUUGUGGGCCAGGUCCCCAGCAGGGGGCGCACGAGAGGCAACCACACAUUGAUGUUUCUCGCCCUCUC